UGGCACCACUCCCAUAUUUCACAGUCACACUUCCCUGUUUGUUUUGUAUGAGAGAAAAUGGCUGCGUUGACCAGCAUUUCCAUCGAAGAAGAUCAGUUCAGCUGUCCAGUGUGUCUGGAUUUCCUUCGGGACCCUGUGACCAUUCCCUGUGGACACAGCUACUGCUUGGAUUGUAUUGACGACUAUUGGACCAGGAACAAGAACAAAGGGUAUUUCGGUUGUCCACAGUGCAGGCAGCUGUUCAACCCAAGACCUGCGCUCAGUAGAAACACCGUUCUCUCGGAAGUGGUGGACCAGAUUCAUGCGAGCAACAUAAGAACUGACAGGCAGCACUCGCUCAAAGCAGAGCAGGUGGUCCUAUGCGGAGUUUGCAGCGGAAGCAGAAAGAGGGAGGCCGUCAAGUCCUGUCUGGCCUGCUUGGAGUCGUACUGCGUGGCCCACUUGGGAGUCCACGACGACCAGUUUCGAGGGAAUGCGCACAAACUCACCACACCUUUGGCUCGGGUCAGGGACAAACUUUGCCGCCACCAUGAUAAAGUUCUCAGGGAGUACUGUUGGACAGACCAGCAGUGUGUGUGUGCUCAGUGCGUGCGGCAUAAACACAGGGGCCAUGAUACGGUGCCGCUGGCCGAGGCGCGAGCCACGCAUGAGAGGAAGCUGGCAGACGCGUCUUUUAAAUCCUUACAGAAAUGCAAAGAGAUUAAAAAGGAGCUUAAAUAUAUUGUGAAUUAUAUCAAGCAUUCAACGCAAGCCGUGAUGGACGAGAGUGAGAGAACCUUCUCUAAACUCGCGCGCUUGAUCGAGAAGCAUCGCUCCGAGGUGAGGAAGCUGAUCCGAAGCCAAGAGCAGACCGUGCUCCAAGAGACGGACGAACUGCUGGGGAAACUGGAGAGGGAAUCCAAAGAGCUAAAGAGGAGAGGUGCUGAGCUGGAGGAGCUCUCCAAUACCGACGAUCAUCUCCAAUUCCUUCAGAAGUGCAAGUCCUUCCAUUUCCCUGCUGAGACGGUGGAUCUGCCUAGCACAGAUGUACUUCCAUACCGGAUGUACAAGUCCAUGAGGGGCGCUCUGGUGGAGCUCAGGGCAGCGCUGGCAGAGGUGUGUGAGAAUGAGCUCCUCAGGGUUUCGGACAAGGUGGGUUCUCUAAAGAAAGCCUAUAAAAAGUCCAUCGAGAUCGAAAAUGUGGAAGGGAAAGAGGUGGUCCCCCUGCACAGUGCCGAGCUCAAGACCAGGGAGGACUUCCUGCAAUAUUACCACGAUUUAUCACUGGACUCCAGCACAGCCAACCCAUAUCUGAUCCUCUCUGAUGGGCGGAGAGGGGUGACCACAUGGUCCGAGGCCCAGCCAUACCCAGAGAACCCGGGGCGCUUCACCCGCUGGGCCCAGGUGCUGUGUAGGGCGGGCAUGGCCGGCCGCUGCUACUGGGAGGUCGAAUGGAGCGGAGUGGGAGGGGUCUCCGUGGGAUUGUGUUACAAAAGCAUGGCCAGGGAGGGAGCCGGGAGCGACUGCAAGCUGGGACACAACUCCAAAUCCUGGAGUCUGGACUGUUCCCCUUCGGCCUGUUCCUUCCAGCACGACAAGGACACUGUGGCCAUAGCCGUCCCCUGUGCCAACAGAAUAGGAGUUUAUAUGGACUACAGGGCUGGUAUUCUGUCUUUCUACAGUAUUCCAGAUGGGAUGAUUCUCCUGCACACAGUCAGGACCACGUUCACCCAGCCCCUCUACCCAGGAUUCUGGGUGGGGCUUGGCUCCACAUUAAGACUAUGCCCUUUUAAAUGGUUAUAGCACCGUUGCAAUGUAUGAUACAGCAUGAGUAUUUAGCAUUACAUCAAAUCAAUGUACGCCAACACCAGAUGUUUGUGCUUAAAGGGCAGGAUUUUAUUAAGAACCAGGCAAGCAGAAGCAACACUUUGGUGGAGUAGGGAGCAGGACGGCCACGAUGCUUAGAUCUUGUUGAAUGCGGCCACAUCCACACUCUGGAU